AUGUCUUCGCGAGACAACGGUUCCGCGGCGACGCCGUCCGCGCCCUCAGUUAAAGAGGGAGUGAAACUUCGACGCGUCGUACCGAUGGACGUGAUACACGCCGUCACGACCGCGACGUGUCCAAGAACGUCGAGACUUUUGCUCCAAGCUUUUCCCGAGCGCUCGCACGAUCGCGUCGAGCUCAUCUCUCGAUUGAUCGCCCUCGGGUUGAUCACGUACGGCGAACACGCGGUAAAUUACCGGGUAAUGAUGCAAACGGCGCGGUGCUGGAGCGGGAUUUCCAGUAGAGACGCGAGACAGACGGCGAUGGCGAUCGUCAAAGCUUUUGGAUUAAUCGCUCUCGUAGGCGAACCCUUGCGUCUGUCCAAGAGGACGUAUCGAGCGCUGUUGCGACGAGAGAUGGCGAUGCGAUUCGGAAACGCUGCGGUGCAGAAAAUGUUGAGCGACGAAGUUUUGGCGCGAAAUCUGUCGACAUCGACGUCGGAAGGAGGAGACGCGCCAGGCACAGCGGCGGUUGGUGCGCCAGCGUUUGGUCAGAGCGCAUUCGAUGUCGCGGCGAAUGGGGUCGAGGCGUGCGUCGGAUUACUGUACAACACCCAGUGUCUGUUUCUGAGUAGCUUUUGGAGCGCGCCCUUUUUGAUCGGAUGCGCGGUGUUCGGACAGGUGCAGCAGAGCACUCGCGCGGCUGACGGAUACGACGCGAAACGCGAGGCACAUCGCGCAGAGACGGCAUCAACGAGGCUUCGAGAGCUCCUCGCGCAUGCGGAGCAAAAUGGAGAGGCAAUAGCUCUCGCGAACGGAAGCUUCACAGAAACGGAGGAGGCGAUGGCGACACUCGAGGCGGGACAAGAGUUUGCCUACAGGCGAGAAGUUUUGAACGCAAGGACAAACUUCGCAUGUGAGGUGUACAACUCAGCAGCAGUUUUAGUGCCUAUUGCGUCUGUCCUACCACGUCUCAUACGUGGGGUCGCGGUCGAGCUCUGGGACUUGCAGGUGGCGAUCAUGUCGUUCAAUGGCUUUCGCGCUGCGCUCCGCAGCCUUGUGGAAAACAUGUCAACACUGAGGACGGCGGAGGCGCACGCGAUGCACGUCUCAAAUUUGCACGAUGCUCUCGAUGCCGUGACGUCUGGCGAUCAUGAGCGCGGGUUAUCGAGCGUUCACGUCAAUACACCCGAAGAUGACAUGUCGCUCAUAGAAGUCGAAUCGCUCACUGUGCAAGACUACGAAGGGCGUGACAUCAUUCGUGGGCUCGACUUUGUGCUCUGCCGCGGUGGCUCACUCGCGAUUGUCGGCUCUGUGGGAUGCGGUAAGACGCUUCUUGUGAAAACUCUCGCGGGCUUAUGGAGUAACGGCCGUGGUGGCGUUCGACUCAUUAGCCGCACACGCUCGUGCGUGCUAUCCAGGAAGCCAUACCUCCCCAGAGGCACUUUGCUUGACAUCUGCGUGUAUCCCACGUGCGCCGCAGACAUUGGCGUCGAGACACACGAGUUAUUGGUGCAAGUCAUGCUAGCUCUUGGACUCGGACGCCACAUCGAAUACCUCGACGUGAUAACGGCAUGGGAUGAUAAAUUGAGCUUGAGCGAGCAGCAGCGUGUCGCAAUUUGCCGCGCUGUGGUGAACCGUGCUGAGCUGUGCAUUCUCGACGACGCGACGUGCGCCAUGGAUCCAACCGAUCGCGUGGCGGCGUACGACAUCCUGAAGAAGCACGUUGGUGGCGUUUUGAGUCUUGGCGACGAGGUCACUUUGCCAAAGUAUCACGACAGAACGAUUCGUCUGCAUGCAGACGGUACUUCAAGCGAGUUCACAGAUAUCGCCUCUCCGAUGAAAGGGGGUUCCGUCGAGGGUGUUGCUAACACGAUCUCGCAAGAUAGUUUCUCUGAGCGCACUAGCACGUCAGUUUCAGCUUCUCAGGCGAAAGAAUCCCCGGCAAAGAGUGUGAAUACAUUCAAUCCUCUGCAAAUGGACGCAAGCAGGAGAGAAAAUCAGUUCAUACGGCAGCAGAAGAAAAAUGUUGCCCGUGUGCUGGGCGUGAAACCUGAAAAGCUCGGUGUCGUCCCUACGCCGACGAAGCAGCAGAAGAGAAGCCCAGCCACGGGGAAGAAUCUAUCGUUCGAUCCGCUGAAUUAG